UAGAAACCCGAUUAGCUACCUACAUAAGUAUUGGACACCAUCGAUUACAGAUGUUGUGCAUGUUGAUGAACUGCAAAGAGCUUGUGUCUUGUUAGUUAUUGGAUAAUCUGCAAGUUUCUGCAUAUGACCCCCCACUCAAUUAUCUAUCUCACUGCUGCUUGCUGAGGUAAUUGACGUUAAGACUUUAAAGAUAUAAGAAGCUCGCGAGCCGUUGAAUUAAACUUAAUCCUAUACACAACCCGCUUCUUCAUGUUUACUUUAAGUUUGCGACGUUCAUAAGAAUCAUAAUGGCUGGAAUUACGAAACUUGAACUUCGGACGGCUCUUGGCCCGGUCUAUCGAGAUGUACUACCGAAUCCUCCUCGAGACUGUACGACUGAUGAGAUCCCAAUUAUCGACUUGGCACUUAUGUUUUCCGAGAAGCUCUCCGACCGUAAAAGUGUCGCCGAUAAUAUCAGAUCGGCUGCCACUAAUAACGGCUUCUUCUAUAUCAAGAAUCAUGGCAUACCGGAAGAAGUCAUUGCUCAAUGCAAGAAGCAAGUGAUCAACUUUAUGAGACAGCCACUAGAGAAGAAGAUGCUAGUGGACUCUAGGAUACAUAGCAAGUAUUAUAACGGAUACCUUGGAAACCGGAAGGCCCAGAUCUCUCGAACUGAGAGUGUCGACGUCAGAGAGUCAUUUUCAUUUCGGUAUAGCCCAGAGCUCGAUCCAGAUCAUCCAAUGAACGUUUCUGAGCUUCCUGACGAGGUGAGAUCAUGGAUCCGCGCAGAAGACUUCGUGUGGGAGGGCACAAAGCAUUUGCCAAACUUUAAGGAGGACUCUCUCGCAUAUUGGAGGAGCUGCUUAACUCUAGCUAGAAGACUAGUUAGAGUAUUUGCUCUUUCGCUAGACCUAGAAGAAGAUUAUUGGGAUGACAAAGUCACACAUCCAGGAGCAGAUGGCGUUUUCAAUUACUAUCCGCCAAGGACUGUAGAAGAAGUCGAAAACAAGUUUGUUGGUCUAGGAAGUCAUACAGACCUGCAGUUGUUUACGCUCUUAUGGCAAGACGGCGUGGGUGGUCUGCAGGUGCUGUCUAAAGAGGGACAGUGGCUGAGGGCACCCCCGAUUGAAGGAACUCUUGUUGUCAAUAUCGGCGACUUCAUGAUGCGGCUCUGCAAUGACAUUUAUAAAUCCACUGUCCAUAGAGUCACAAAUGAGUCUAACGGAGAACGGGUCUCUCUACCAUUUUUCUUUGGUCUCAACUUCAACUGCGUCGAGGGCGUUGUUCCAUCGUGUACCUCGGAGAAGAAUCCGGCCAAAUACAAACCCAUCUCUUGCGGUGACUGGUGUCAGAUGAGAUUCAAGAUUGAGAGAGAUGAAUUUCUCAAGAAUCAAGAAGCGAAAAAGGCAGUGGCACCAAGUGCUACUGUGGUAGCUAUGUAGAUAGGAUAUUUCGCUUCAUUUCACCUGAUUCUAUUCGAG